AUGGCUGCUUCUCAGAAAGUGUUGACAUUCAGUGAUGUGGCCAUAGAAUUCUCUCAGGAGGAGUGGGCUUGCCUGGACCCAGCUCAGCGGAACCUGUACAUGGACGUGAUGUUGCAAAACUACAGGAACCUGGCAUUCCUGGGUCUUGCUGUGCCCACGCCAGACUUUGUCACUUUUUUGGACCACAUGGAGGAGCCCUGGGAGUUGAAGAGAAAAAAGACACUUUUCAUCCACCCAGGUAGGUGGAAAUGA